AUGUCUAUAACCCACCACCGCCAGCACCAGUAUGGGCUGCAGCUGCUUAUGUCGGAGGUCAAAGACCUCCAGGAGGAAUUCCCGGACAACCAGGAGGUGGAGGUGGAGGUGGACCACCAGGAGGAGGACCACCUGGAGGCGGAGGAGGACCAAUCCCGAGCAGCUCUAGGACCAAACCCCAUUGACCCUCAGCUGCUAGCAGCAUUCACUGCUGCCUUGCGCAACGCCCUUCUCCAGGAAGAGAUAGGCAAGCCAGCUGAAUUUUCCGGAGAUAUCGAGAAAGCCCGGGAUUUCAUCCAUCAAUGCAAGAUGUAUAUCCUCUCCAAAGCCUCACAAUUCCCAAAUGACCAGGCAAAGAUUUGCUUUGCGGACUUGCUCAUAAAAGACUCGGAGAAGAAACAACCCCGGAAAUGGGUGACGGUCAAGGAGAAGUUGUAUCUUCUUCAAAGAUGGCCCACCUGGGCUACACAUUGCCAAGAAUUCCUGGAAGCCUACAAGACAACUGACCCGAAAUCCCGAGCCAUGGUCGAGCUCCAUCAGAUUGUCCAGAAAGACCACGAAACGGUCAACGAGUACAACGUACACUUCAAUACGUUAAUUGCAGAAGCAGAAAUAGUCAACCCAGAUGCCGACGGAAACCUUCUCCAGCAAUAUCUUCGUGGAUUAAAGAAAUCACUUGCACGCCAAUUGAUCGCCCAUAUGCCGAUCAACGCCACACUCUCUCAGUGGCAACAACAAGCCCUUGAGCUAGACAACAGGCUUGGAAUUCUCAGGCAUAUCAAAAACAGGCAGAUGCACCUUCCUACGAAUUCUGGAACCACGACAACCACCCCGACAUCCUCCACCCAAAAUUUGGGCAUAUUGCCAGAAAAUGCAGGCAACCUCAGCAAGCAGGAAGAAGAGGAGCCUACUGAAGAGGAGGAAACCAGAGAGGCAGAAGCCGAGGAGGUAGAGGAAACUGGAGAAACUACCAAGGCGAUCCAUCUGCAAAUCGCCCCUACGUCCAAGUCAUUCAAUGGGACAGAAAUCCAAGCUCCCCUCAUCUAUCAGCAGUCAGCAACCCAAUUCCGGUAG